AUGGGAGGGGCGGGAAUUCUGCUACUGCUGCUGCUGGUUGGGCUGGGGGUGGGGGAGGCCUGGAGACCCCCAAAGGGAAAGUGUCCUCUGAGUUGCUCCUGCUCCAAAGACAGUGCUCUGUGUGAGGGCUCCGAGGACCUGCCCGAGAUCCUCUCCUCGACCCUGCUGUCGCUCUCAUUCGUUAGGACCCGAAUCUCCCAGCUGAAGGCCGGCAGCUUCCUGAGGGUGCCGUCACUGCACCUGCUCCUCUUCACAUCCAACUCCUUCUCCGUGAUUGAGGAUGAUGCGUUUGCGGGCCUAUCCCACCUGCAGUACCUCUUUAUUGAGGACAAUGAAAUUGGUUCCAUCUCUAAGAACGCCCUCAGAGGACUUCGCUCACUCACACAUCUGAGUCUGGCCAAUAACCAUCUCGAGACCCUCCCCAGGUUCCUGUUCCGGGGCCUGGAGACCCUGACUCAUGUGGACCUCCGCGGGAACCCGUUCCAGUGUGACUGCCGCGUGCUCUGGCUGCUGCAGUGGAUCCCCACCGUGAACGCCAGCGUGGGGACCGGGGCCUGCGCCGGCCCCGCCGCCCUGGCCCACAUGCAGCUCCGCCACGUGGACCCCAAGACGUUCAAGUGCAGAGCCAUAGAGCUGUCCUGGUUCCAGACAGUGGGAGAGUCAGCGCUAGGUGUAGAGGCUUUCUCCUACCAGGAGGAGCCCUACAUUGUCCUGGCACAGCCCUUUGCCGGCCGCUGCCUGAUCCUGGCCUGGGACUACAGCCUGCAGCGCUUCCGUCAGGAGGAGGAGCUGUCUGCACCCUCGGUGGUGUCCUGCAAGCCGCUGGUGCUGGGCCCCCGCCUCUUCAUGCUGGCCGCCCGCCUGUGGGGAGGCUCACAGCUGUGGGCCCGGCCCGGCCCCGACCUGCGCCUGGCCCCGCUGCAGGCCCUGGCCCCACGGCGGCUGCUGCGGCCCAAUGAUGCCGAGCUCCUGUGGCUGGAGGGGCAGCCCUGCUUCGUGGUGGCCGAUGCCUCCAAGGCAGGCAGCACGACACUGCUGUGCCGGGACGGGCCCGGCUUCUACCCGCGCCAGAGCCUGCAUGCCUGGCACCGGGACACGGACGUCGAGGCCCUCGAACUGGAUGGCCGGCCCCAUCUGCUGCUGGCCUCUGCCUCGCAGCGGCCCGUGCUCUUCCACUGGUUCGGGGGCCGCUUUGAGCGGCGGACGGACAUCCCAGAGGCUGAGGACGUCUAUGCCACGCGCCACUUCCAGGCUGGCGGGGACGUGUUCCUGUGCCUAACACGCUACAUCGGGGACUCCAUGGUCAUGCGCUGGGAUGGCUCCAUGUUUCGCCUGCUGCAGAAACUUCCCUCUCGAGGUGCCCACGUCUUCCAGCCACUGCUCAUUGCCAAGGACCAGCUGGCCAUCCUGGGCAGUGACUUCGCCUUCAGCCAGGUUUUCCGCCUUGAGCCUGACAAGGGGCUCCUGGAACCACUGCAGGAGUUGGGGCCCCCGGCAAUAGUGGCCCCUCGGGCCUUUGCCCACAUCACCAUGGCCGGCAGACGCUUCCUCUUCGCUGCUUGCUUCAAGGGCCCCACACAGAUCUACCAGCAUCAUGAGUUAGACCUCAGUGCCUGA